AUGUCGGCUUCAGCUCCCACCUCUUACAAUGCGUAUACGGGGAUAUGGAUCAACUGGAGCUACGGAAGAAUUCGAGGGUCCACCCUAACACUGUCCCAGCAGGACGCUCAACUGCUUAUCGCUUUUGUUGCCUUCUUUAUCGCCUUUGUGUCGAUGCACCUCUGGAAGAUACUCUGCUUCAUUCUUCACAGCUGUCUAUCAACGACAGAACGCCGCGAUAUCCUACACCACCAACGACAGGCCAUCAUCCGAAAUAGCCCUUCUCCGGGCUCGACAGCAUUGAAACUCAUGCAAUUGGCGUGGGCGUGGCGCAAGUCUACGAGAGCCUACCGACGGGUGCUUCCGUUCUUUGGUUCUGCAAUCUUGAUCUCGUCUAUGCUUGCCGCUGCCACUGGAUUUUCGUCAAGACUAGCCUACGGUGAUGAUAAUGAGAUACUCCUCAAUGGCGACAAUUGUGGUACACCUUGGGUCCAACCCAAUGAAACUGCAGCCAUAGCGAACCUAUAUUCCUACCAAGCAGAGAUGGCCUCUUCUGCCCUCAACUACGCCAGCCAAUGCUAUGCGAACAACGCCAGCAUUCUAAGCGCAUGCAGCACUUUCGUGCAACCCCGGCUAUCAAUUACCGAAUCCAGGGACACAGUAUGCCCUUUCGGAAGCCUGUGUAAAGAUAACAGAACAAGCAUACAUUUGGACUCCGGUAUUAUCGACAGCCACAAGGAUCUUGGGAUUAAUUCUCCCGAGAGCGACAGAUUCACACUUCGUGCGACGUGGGAUUGCGCUCCAUUGACAACCGAGGGACGCAAAUCAACUGUCAUGGUCGAGGGUGUCUGGCCAUAUAUCGGGUAUAACUACAGUGUUGCUACACCAUAUCGGUCUAACAUAACAUAUAUGACGGCCAACGAUACGCGGUCGGAUUGGUAUGUCAAUGUAGAUUACAACGCUGCCACUCCCACUCUCGAUCACAAAUUAAGCACCGUCUGGGCAUUCGUUGGCAGCCCCGACACUGUCAGCGUGAACGCUUUCAACCCACUCCCUGAAUUGGCUUCCGAAGAUGCAGACACUUAUUUGGUGUUUCUCAGUUCUCCGGGAGUCCAAUUCAUGGAUAGGACGCUCGACCCAUGGUAUCAGGCCACGACACCUUUCGGGGUUCGUGUUGAUUACAAUGACACAUCAAGGGUCGACCUCUUCGAAAAAGAUGACCCUGCAUCCGUCCUGGCUUGUUUCUCUCGAUACCAGUGGUGCAAUCCGUCACUUUCGGCUGCGGGUCAAUGUCGUGAACCGACCGCAUUCAAUCAAGCAUUAAUGCAGGCACUGGACUAUGGAACUGAUCAGCUGGACCCGGAAUCUGCAACCUGGAUAUUUAGUCGCUUCGGCAUCGACCCCAAGCAUGCCACCAGUCCACUAGGAUCACGGUCUUUGCUGUCGAGACGCACUUUAACUGACGGCGUUCAAGCACCCCUACCCAACGACCAAUGGCAGAUGGAUGUGAGAAACUGGUUCGAAAUUGCACUGGCCGGACUUCAGCGAAGUUGGGUGUCUAUGGCGGCGGGUGAUACGAUUCAUAUGAAGGAAGAUAAUGUAAAACGUCCUAUAUCCAAUAGGGAACAUCAGUGGUGCCAAAACCAGAAAGUCAAAAGCACAGCUUAUGUCUCUUUUACUGUACUUGGUUUAUCACUUGUCCUCGGUCUUGGGAUAAUAAUUGUGGUUAUCUCGCUGACUAUCGAAUCAAUAAAUGGAUUCAUACAGCGACGAUUCAAGCAGAAUCCCUACAAAUUGUUGGAAUGGGGCACGAACGGCUACCUCCAGCUUCAGCGGCUGGCUCUGGAAGAAGCUCACAUUGGCGACUGGAGCGGUUGCGACAAAAAUGUGCCUUACACCAAACUCAGAACAGAAGUUGAUCCACUAGACGUUACCGAUAUCCGCCACCCAAGGAUGCCCGUCCCAUGGAAGCGCCGUGGUGAAGAACCUUCGAUAAAGGAUAGUACGGAGACGGCUGUGGUGGACGUGAACGUCAGUGACACCAGAGCCCCAGACGUGAGCCAACGGUAUUCAAGGAUCCAGCCCUCCACUGCCUCAUCGAAGAGCAGUGUUAACGGCUCAGGUGAUACCCUCGGUGUCAGCAAGCCUGUAAUCUCCGACUUCCAAAGCAACACUGCGAGCCAAUCGCUCUCCCGGCGCGCCCAGGCAAGGGAAGACGAUAACGUCAGUCCUAUCUCCACAGUCGCGGUGGAAUCUGCCUUGUACCCGAGUGGAGCAGACAAUCUUUGA